UUCCUAUCACCAUCCCCCUCUACGGCAAAUUCACUUGAAUCAUGGAACACGAAGGCAAUUGGGUUUUAUCCGCAGGCUGAGCCAGAGGGUUAUAUGGGCUACCAGUCUGUACAAAUGGGUCAGUAUCCAGUAGCCGUACCGCACGGUUCUCAGUCGCGAGGGCAACUGGACUUGCAAUCGCCCAUCCUAUACAGACGCAGUACCACGGCCUCAUUGCGCAUCACCAUCAAUAUCAGGUCCCAGGCUCAGGAUAUCCUCCUUCUCCAAGCCCUCCUCAUGAUACAUCCGACGGGCUCUAUCACGGAUCGAAUUCGAGCGGCGCUAACUCCCCAUCGUCGAGCCGCGCCAACAGCCUCGUCCACCGUCACGUCCGUUACGAUCCUACGCCAUCACCCACCAGCUCAGUUGGUCGCCGCCGCCGCGGACGUUCCCAAGACUCUGACGACGACGAGCUGGCGCUCGUGUAUUCCACGGAAAAUCUGGCUCAAUCGGAAGGAGGCGACGCGUCGCCAGCGCAUCGAAGCCGAACAGCGCCGGCGCGACGAGCUGCGCGAUGGCUAUGCUAAACUGAAGGACGUUCUUCCCUUGUCCAAUCAGAAGAGCAGCAAAGUGUCUCUUCUAGAUCGAGCGACAUCGCACAUCAGCUUGCUUGAAGGGGAGAAUCAGGCCCUUCAGGAUCGUGUCGCGUCCCUCGAGCAGGAGAUCCAUCGUCUGCAGACAUUGAACGAGAAGCUCGCUGGUGCUGGGACGUCACUCGAGCCGGCCUCGCCGGGAAUGUACGACGGACGUCCGUUGUCUCCCCUCCCGAGGCACCGAACGCACGAACUCAUUCCGCCGCGAGCUUUGCCGAUGCAUCCGGAGUAGUUGAUCCCUCCGAAGAGGCUCACCAGACCACCACUCCAUCCCCGUCUGAUGGAGGGUCUGAAGGAGCUCUGGCUCUGUUUGUCCCGCGUCCGCUCCAUUUCCGUCCGUGUCUUUUUGCUUGCUACGUCUCAGACAUUUCUCUUGCACCACCAUAUCCCACGCUGCACAUUUAUCAUCAUCACACACCGCAUUUCAAUUCCUUAUCAUCCAAGACCGUGUCACGAGCCCGGAAUCACGCCCAACAAAGAAGUCGACGCCAGCCAUCCGAUCGUGCUAUGCGCUUGCCGCGUGGCCCGUGCGAAAUCCGAUGCAUCGUCGCACGCUGCCUCGUGUCUGAUCUCGUUGAUCGAGGAUCGAGACAUCGAUGCUGCCAGGUGUCUGCCAGCCUCUGUGAGGCUUCGCUCGCGUUUGGCUCGCUCCUGCCAUUUUGUGUUGGUGAUGGGAUUGGAUUGCGCUUUCUUGGUUGCGCCACGAAACGGCUGGCCUGUGCUGCGAUCGGAUACAGCAGGAAUCCAUGCACCCGAAGAAUGUCUCCUGUGCUCGGUCUCGAUCGCACACAACAUACAGCGGGACUGUGUACAUACCACGUGGUCGCUGGAUAAGCUCUUCGACGGCUGCCGAUGAGAUCACGACAACCCUUACGCUCGCUUUUCCCUCCAGUCAGGGAAAGGAGGCUACGACUUGGCCGGCACCGGACUAACUCAUUCUUCUCAUCUUCUCGACGGCUGUGCUGUCGAUGAGGGAUUGGUCGAUGAGCUGUGUCCUCUGCUCGGUCCCUUUCACGAUUCUUGACGAAUGAUCCAUUGCCACACAAAUGUACCACCCGGCAUGUACUACUAGAUGUAGACUCGCGCAUGUAUGAUCGAUACCUCAGCGUUCUGUCUGAAAAUGUCUGUUUUUUUUUACAACCAGAUCUCUCCGAUGAACUAGGACAUUGCAGCGGAUGCCAGGAGAGUUCCAUCCGCC